GCUCAGCGGACGCUUCAUCACACCAGCCACUGGAUGCCUUUCCAAGCAGAAGAAAGCAGAUCUGAGGCUUGUAGCUGAGGGUAAACCUCUGAGAAGCGGAUGAAGAAACAGAUCUUACUACGUUUCACAUACAGAGGACUAGUCAGCAAAGGAAAAAAGAGCAAAAGAAGAAAAUGGCCAAUUUUAUAUUACGAAAAGCCGAGCCCAAGGACGUGUCUGACAUACUGCGACUCAUAAAGGAACUGGCAAAAUUUGAAGAAAUGGAAGAUCAAGUUAUUCUCACUGAGAAAGAUCUGCUGGAGGACGGGUUUGGAGAUCAUCCGUUCUAUCACUGUAUCGUUGCAGAAGUGCCCAAACAGGACCAGAGCGUUGAUGGUCAUAUGAUCAUUGGCUUUGCCAUGUAUUAUUUCACCUAUGACCCCUGGAUUGGGAAACUGCUCUACUUGGAGGACUUCUACGUCAUGAAAGAGUUUCGGGGUUUUGGAAUUGGGUCUGAAAUCCUGAAGAAACUGAGUCAGACGGCGGUCAGGACUCGGUGCAGCAGCAUGCACUUCAUCGUGGCGGAGUGGAACAAGUCCUCCAUUGAGUUUUACAAACGGCGUGGAGCGUCUGAUCUCUCGCUGGAGGAAGGAUGGAGGCUCUUUAAGAUCGACAAGCAGAACCUGCUCAAGAUGACCGAUGAGGAGUGAACCGGGAGAUCGUUGCAGUCUGUGAUUCAACCUCUGGUGUUCACUAAAGUGGACAGAUCUUCAAGUCAUUUUGAAGCAUUUAGGGUGUAAUGUUACAUCCCAAACCUUUA